AUGCUAGGAUCCUUGUCUCUCGCUAUUGCGCUGCCUUUGCUUCCAUCAGCAAAUGCUCUCGUUAGGAAGGAUGGUGUUGGUAAACUCCCAGCCCUAGGCUGGAACUCGUGGAAUGCAUUUGGUUGUGAUAUCGAUUCGACUAAAAUCCUCACGGCUGCGAAUGAGAUAGUUAAUCUGGGCUUAAAGGAUCGGGGAUAUGAAUAUGUGAAUAUCGAUGACUGCUGGAGUAUCAAAGAUGCACGAAACACAACUGACCAACGUAUUAUUCCUGACCCAUCCAAGUUCCCAGAUGGUAUCUCUGGUCUUGCAGACCAGGUUCAUGAUCUGGGGCUAAAGAUUGGAAUUUACAGUAGUGCGGGCGAAACUACUUGUGCUGGUUAUCCAGCUAGUCUAGGCUAUGAGACCGUCGAUGCACAAUCCUUCGCGGAAUGGGGAAUUGACUACCUCAAAUACGACAACUGUGGUGUCCCCUCAAGCUGGAAAGACACUUACACAUAUUGUGUCCCCGACGGCGAUGGCAAUUACCCAAAUGGCACCUGCCCCGAUCUCCAUGAUCCCGCGCCGGAGGGAUACGACUGGACGCAGUCCAAGACGUACACUCGCUACGUGGCUAUGCGUGAUGCACUGCUGAACGUUGACCGGACGAUCUUUUAUUCACUUUGUGAUUGGGGCCAAGCGGAUGUUAAUUCCUGGGGAAAUAAGACCGGGAAUUCGUGGCGGAUGUCUGGUGAUAUUACCGCGGACUGGGAUCGUAUUUCUGAGAUUGCAAAUGAGAAUAGCUUCCUUAUGAACUACGUCAAUUUUUGGGGUCAUCCAGACCCGGAUAUGUUGGAGGUUGGGAAUGGUAAACUUACUCUUGCGGAGAAUAAGGCUCAUUUUGCCCUUUGGGCGGUUAUGAAGUCUCCGCUUAUUAUUGGAACUGCGCUUGACUCGAUCAGUGAUGAGCAUCUGGCUAUUCUGAAAAACAAGUAUCUGCUUGACUUCCACCAGGAUCCUAUUGUUGGAAGUCCAGCUCGUCCUUAUAAAUGGGGGUAUAACCCUGACUGGACGUUCGACCCUGCUCAUCCUGCGGAGUAUUGGUCUGGUGCUUCAUCUACGCUUGAGGGUACAUUGGUUCUUAUGUUCAACUCUGAGAGUGGGACUUCUACUCGUACUGCGGUGUGGAAGGAAGUCCCUGAGCUGAAGGGCCAUGACGCGUACCACGUUAUUGAUGCUUGGACGGGUAAGGAUUUGGGUUGCGUGAAGAAGAAGCAUAGUGCUUCUUUGCAGAGCCACGAUGUGGCUGUGCUGGUGGUGAAGGGGAAAUGUUAG